AUGCGUUUCACUGCUACUUCUGUUGCCCUCUUCGCUGGCGCUGCGCUCGCCAUUCCCGCCUACGAGUAUGACCAGACUAUCUACUCUACCCGCGAGGUCACUAUCACUUCUUGUGGCCCUGAAGUCACCGACUGCCCUGGCAAGCACCCCAGCCAGACUGGCCUCCCCACUCCUCCCGUCUCGGCUCCAGUCUCUACUGGCACUGGUGUCGGCCCAGGAAAGCCGAGCGAGACCUCUUACUCUACUGAGUACAUCACCGUGACCGACUGUGGACCAGAGGUCAGCGACUGCCCAUCUCACUCCACCCGCACCCACAUCUCCAUUGGCACUGUUAUCCCAACUGGUCUUCCCAGCGGUGUCCCAUCUCCCAGCAGCAGCGGCAACCCCAUCAAGAGCGAGAACCCACCUUACCCAACUGGUGGCAAUCCCGGCCCAAGCACCUCCGUGGUCACCUACACCACCUGCAUUCCCACUGAGAUGACCUCCAUCGUUACUCUCUGGCCCACUCCCGCUCCAUCCGGCACUCAACCCGGCCAGCCCGGCCAACCUGGAUCCACCUGGGUUCCUUCUGGCACCGUCCCCGGAGCUCCCAGCGGCACUGGCGUCCCCCCUCAGCCGUCCUCUACUGGCCCCCCAAUCUUUGAGGGUGCUGCCAACACCUUCAGCGGCUCUUUCUUCGCUGUAGGUGUUGCUGCUGUCGUUGCUGUUCUUUUCGCAUAG